ACUGCGUGGUUGGUGUGAUGUUAGCGCGUCGCUCCCUGCUGCUCACCUGGGUGAUGCUCACCACUGGAGUCCAAAGCUGGAGACCCUGUACUGACCUGCUGCCUCUCGACCUGUUGGCCAGAUCCCUACCGCACCCAGGACACGCCUCGCCUCCACAGUUGCAGAUGGUUCAGUCCAAAGGGUCCAGAGGCCUCAGAUUGGUCGGCACUGUGGCAACAACGCUGACUUUUCCCGCCUCUCAAAUAUUCAACAACUGCGACUAUUUCCCUGCUGAGUUCUCAUUGGUCGCCACCUUCAAGAUACAGAGACUGAGACCAAAGAGGAAUGAGUACAUCUUCUCCAUUGUGGAAGAGGCAUCUGAUUCCCUGUUGCUGGGCCUGCGGGUCUCAGGGAACCGCCUUGAUUUCCUGCCUGCGGCCCUUGGUGUCGGUAGGCGGAGCCAACUGAGCUUCAAGGAUGUUGGACUUGACGACAACCGCUGGCACACGGUGGUGCUAGCCGUCACCGGACUCUACGCCACGCUGACCGUCGACUGUGGACUUUCUCUUGAGCUUAAACAGGUCCAGCCGUUCCCCAGCGCUUUAAGCACCAGAGGGUCCAGCUUCUUCAUCGGCAGCAGAAGGAGUUUGAGAGGACGCUUCACUGGUCUUCUUCGUCAGCUAGUUCUGCUUCCUGGUUCAGACGCCACGCCCAGACUGUGCCCGACCUCUGACCCCAGCCUAGCUGAGCUGUCCAUCCCCCCGGUCCUAAAGUCUCCCGCAUUGCAGCCUGAGCAGCACGGCCCAGUAUACCCAUACGAGGCGGAGGCCAGAGUGACUGGGGGUGAGCCUCCUCCAUGCUCUGGAGCAGAAGAGGGUCAGCUGUGGUUCAACGCUCAGAAGAAAGGCCUCUUCAUCUGUGAGGGGCUCUCAUGGAGGACUCUGCUGCAGCAUCAGCAACGUCUGGACUACGUGGAGGACCACCAGGAUCUGUACACUAGCUCAGAGACCUUUGAUGUGGAGGUCUUCUCCAUCCCGUCUGAAGGUCUGUUCCUGGCUGCAGCCAACAGGGACUCUCGUCCCGGUUCCGGUAUCUACAAAUGGAGGAAUGGGUCCUUCCAGCUCUACCAGAACAUCAGCACUCAGGAGGCUCGAGCCUGGAAACACUUCACCGUCGGAGAGCAGUUUUUCCUGGUGGUGGCGAACUCCGGGGAGGCGGAGCCUGAGCUGUCGGUCAUCUACCGGUGGAACAAGCGGCGGCGGCGUUUCCUCCGUCACCAGACUCUGGAGACUCAUGCCGCUCUGGACUGGGAGGCCUUCCACAUCGACGACCACAGCUUCCUGGUGGUGGCCAAUCACAGACGAGCCAGAGACUCAAAUCACAACAUCCAGAGUGUGAUCUACAGGUGGGACGCAGAGACAAAGAUGUUCAAAGUGAACCAGACUCUGUCCACCUCUGGAGCUUAUGACUGGGAGUUCUUCUCUGUGGGGCCGUAUCACUUCCUGGUUGUCGCCAACACCUUCGAUGGUCAGACCACCUCGGUCAGCUCCACUGUCUACGUCUGGCUGGACGGCUACUUCCAGACCUUCCAGAGCAUCCCGACGGUUGGAGCGACAGACUGGGAAACCUUUCAGAUCGACGGACGCUUCUUUCUCGCCGUCGCCAAUAGCCAGAAGGUCUCCAACCGCGGGCCGAACCUCUACAGCCUCAACUCCACCGUGUACGAGCUGAACCGCCUCACCCAGACCUUCAUACGCUUCCAGGACAUCCUCACACACAGUGCUGUGGACUGGGAGUUCUUCACUAUCGGAGAGGAAAAGUUCUUGGUUGUGGCCAACUCUCAUGACGGAAACUCCUACUCUCUGAAUAGUGUUGUCUACAGAUGGCAGGGCUACGAGGGCUUUGUCCCGGUCCACAGUCUGCCAACGUUUGGCUGCAGAGACUGGGAAUACUUUAGCAUCGAUGAAGGCUCCUUUCUUGUGUACUCCAGCGCCACCUCCAGGCUCAGCAAGGUCUUCAAACUCAGGACCUACUGAAAGAACCCCCCCCCCCCCCUUCCCCUCUAGUUUCAGACUUAAAAACACUCCGAAACAUCUGCAUGAGUCUCAAGACUUGAUAUGAAGCACUUUUCUCAAAUAGAUUAUUUAUAAUAAAUAGUUUUAUACACAUAUAAACUUGGUACAUGGACAGCUAAAGAUAACUAGUCAGGCAGCUUAGAUGCUAACUGAACGCCUAGUUCAGUCUUACUGGAAUACCUGUUUGUAUGGUGACUUCCUGUCUGAUUGAGUUUCAAUACUACAUCGAGGCUAUGGAAGCCGCUUCCAUUUUAGAUUCUCCCGACCAAUCACAGCUCAGCUUUGUGACACCGUUUUGCUAUUGGUCAACGCAAUGAAUUCUGUUGUCUGAAAUUAUAUUUGUCAAACCUGUAGUUUUACUGUAAUUGUAUUUUGGUUUUAGAUGAAAAUGACUGAUAAGCUAUUAUGGAAAUGUUAAUUCAAGCUGCCUCAGAUGUUUCUGAUUUAUUUAAUUGCAAUACUGUUUCUUAUACACACAG